GGCUGCGGCCCGGCCGGGGUUGUGCCGGCGGCUACCGCCGCCAUGCUGCCGCCGCGCUGGGCCGUGCUGGGCGGCCGGGCUGUCCCGGCGGCUGUCAGCGCUAUGCUGUCGCCGUGUUGGGCCGUGCUGGGCGGCCGGCCGCCUUGGAGGCCGGCCCUCCUCCUCCUCAGCCGGGUGCCGCUGCCGGCGGGGGGCCGGCAGCUGCCUUUCUCCACAACCUGCGCGAUGUGCUCAAAGAACGGGCGGCUGAGGCAAAAAAGAGUCAUUUCGGAAAGGAAGCUGACACGCUAUUUCGUGGAUCACCGGAAGGUGCGUGUGGUUGGAGGACAAGGAGGAGGAGGGGGUCAUUCUUUUUAUAGCGAACCCAGAAAAAUAUUUGGAGGUCCUGAUGGUGGAAAUGGAGGUGAUGGGGGUCAUGUCAUUUUGAAAGCUGACCAGCAAAUGAAAUCACUUGCUUCAGUCCUCCCCUUCUAUCAGGGUUUUCGUGGAGAGAGAGGAGGAAGCAAAAACUGUUACGGAGCUAAUGGUGCAUACGUGUAUGUUAAAGUCCCUGUAGGUACAUUGGUUAAGGAGGAUGGGAAAGUUGUGGCUGACCUCACUCAACACGGUGAAGAGUAUGUUGCAGCUUAUGGAGGAGCCGGAGGGAAAGGUAAUCGCUUUUUUCUUUCCAAUGAAAACCGAGCUCCGACAUUAUUUACUCCAGGAGAGCCAGGUCAGGAGAGGGUCCUCCAUUUGGAACUCAAGACAACAGCUCAUGCAGGAUUGGUGGGCUUUCCCAAUGCUGGCAAAUCAUCGCUUUUGAGAGCAAUCUCCAGGGCAAAGCCAGCCGUGGCUGCCUACCCAUUCACAACCCUAAAUCCCCACGUUGGUAUUGUCCGCUAUCAAGACUAUGAACAAGUAGCAGUUGCUGACAUUCCUGGCCUAAUAAAAGGUGCUCAUCAAAACAGGGGCCUUGGGAUGGCCUUCCUAAGGCAUAUUGAACGCUGCCGCUUUCUCUUAUAUGUGGUGGAUCUCUCUGUGUCUCAGCCAUGGAUUCAGCUGCAAGACUUAAAAUAUGAACUGGAACAAUAUAAAAAAGGAUUAUCUGAGAGGCCUUGUGUUGUCAUCGGGAAUAAGAUUGACCUUGCUCAGUCCAGGAUCAAUCUGCCACUCCUUAAAGAACAGAUAGAUGACCGGGUCAUUGCACUGUCUGCAUUGACAGGAGACAACCUAGAGGAACUGUUGCUGCAUUUGAGAGAACUGUAUGACACUUAUGUGAGGACAGAACAAUCACGAGGGCAAAGCCCGGUCAAGUGGUAGGAACUAGAACUACUGUGAACUGUACUGGAAAGAGGAAAAAAAAAAAAUCAUAAUUUGAUUAGGUUGCAUCUGUGCGGUUUGGGGUUUUUUUUACGAGUUGUUUAUUUUUAAAUGCAAGGGGCACAGCAUGGAUUUGUUCUGGACUGCUGCAUUGCAAAGAUUUUUUUGUUUGUUCACCUUUGAGGUGUAUUCGGUGUUUUACAACAAAAUUUGAAAAUUGUAAUCAUGAUGGGUGUUCAGUUGGAAACCUGGAUCUUGUUUGGCAUUAGAUAGUUAAUAAUGGUAUGAAGAGAACGCUAUCUAGUAGAAAUGACUGAAAUUCAGGAUCUGCAGGAGAUGCUGGCUUGCUUUCUGAAUUGGAGUGAAGUAACUUCUCACUUUUCACUUACCAAAAUUCUAAAAUAAAAAUAAGGUGGUCCCAUGUUUAUCUGUUUUUAUACCAUAACCACUUUCAGUCAUCUCUUAAAAUUUUCUCCUGUUUUGUUUUGUUUUUUUCUCAGAGGAGGCACAGCUGCUCAGUAUUUUUAGGGAGGGGGAGCAUGAAACAGCUGCAAUUAAUGAUUGAAAUUAUUUCCUCAUUAGUAUAAAUAAUUAACUAUAUUUCAAUGCUGGCUGGCAGCAGUUAAGUAGCUGUAUAAACCAGCCAGGGAACAGUCAUUUGAGACUCACUUCUGAGUUCUUCUCCAGUUUCCUUGAGGAAUCUGAAGCAAUGUUCUGAGAAAUCCUAGGCUUAGAUAUUCCAAAUAAAAGAAAAAUACAGUUCUUUGCCUUUUCUUUUUACUAUGUCAUUUCGUGGAUAUUGUUCUUAAAUUUUGUUCUCUAGGAAUUCAGAAAUCUUCCUUUAGAACACUGGGUCUUUGCCCUCUCCUUAUACUGAAAGAAAUGCUGCUUCUAUAUGCUCUGGUUAUAUUCUGUCUUAAAGAUUAUUAUCUUGAUAGUGAGAAGUCAAAAUUUAUCAAAGCAUAUUAUUAAACUUUUUCAUAAGGGACCCUAACAGACUUGUAGAAUGCUGAGAAACAAAUAGUUAAGAAGUCAAGAGAAACAAUUGUUCUCGAGCCUUUACUUACGUUUCUUGAUUUUUAAAGCAGAUUAACUUUGCUUUCCAAACCAGCAGUCUGGAAUUACAGACCUUGCACAUACUUUGUCACAUCAGUGAAAUACAACGUAAACUCACUAGCACCAAUAGAAGGAUGCGAUGUUUGUAAACUUGGCUUUGUUUUUCAGGAAAUACAGCAGCUAAGUUUUAAGGACAGUUUGGUGUGUUAUAAAACAUGCAGCUAUCACUUGUCUUUGAUUAAGCUUUGUUAGCUUACAAAUAAAGAUUUCAUUAUGUUUAAACUAAAA